UCUUCAGCUGCCCAUGCAACGAGAUCAUUCAGGAUUUCCAAAACUGAAGAUGAACUGAAGUUCUGAUAAUAAUAGAAUUUUUAGAAUUGAUUCUUCUGAUGGACUUUAAAAGUGAACGGAGUCCUUUUGAAUUUUGAUGUUUGUCCUGUUGUUUGUUUAUAUUGCUCUUUUUGUGAGCCGACCAGUGUGGCAAAGGAAAAGUAGUUGUUUGCUUCCACUUUUAAUUAAUUACUCGGAGCUGAAUCCCCUCUCUGUCUUUCUCGCCCCUUUGACAUUGCGACAAGUCAAAGCUGGGAAAUCCAAUAAAUAAACGAGUUUUUAGCUUUCUCAUGCCUCAAAGACCUACCCGGAUUUAGUGGAUUUGCGUUGACGAGUUCAGAGGAUCCAAUGCUCGCCAGCCACCACCGUCGAAACCUUCUCCUCUUUUUACCGUGUUGCCACUUGUGUUUUUUUUAUAUAUAUAAAUGUCAACUCCGCUGAAAAAGUCAGCGCCUCUCCUCGCCUCUUGCUUUUCCGACUUGCUCUUCUGCUCCUCCGACCUCCGAUCUUCCUUCUUUGGUCAACGCCGUUGGCCGCACGCGUCGGCGCGGCUAUAUAUUGCUGCGUUCGGGUCGCGGUGGGAUUAUCCUGGUGGAGGAGAUGGAGGACGACAACUGGGACCUGAGCGCGGUGGUGCGGAGUUGCCGGUCGUCAGGGGAGGCGGCGCCGUCGACGAGGGACUCCUUGUGGGUGUUUCCGCGGUCGUUGGAGCAGCUUCGGGUGGUGGAGGACCGGAAAGGGGGCGCCUUUAUAAGUUUAUCGGAGGUAUUCGAACGCCGGAGCGGCGUGUUAGAGAUCCCCGAAGUCCAGCCGCUGCCGGGGGAGAAAGGUAGCUCUUUGUCGCCUCUCUCCGCCGCUGUGCUACAGGACGCCGCCGUAGCGGAGUCAAAGCAGCCCCCAGUCUGCCGGAAAGUGGACCGGCCAGUUUCCCAAACUCCCCGCUCCAGGCGAAGGAAGAACCAGCAGAAGAAGGUGGUACAUCACGUCGCCGCCGACGGGCUCUCCUCCGACAUGUGGGCAUGGCGGAAGUACGGGCAGAAGCCCAUCAAAGGCUCGCCUUAUCCACGGGGAUACUACCGCUGUAGCAGCUCCAAAGGCUGCGCCGCCCGGAAACAGGUGGAGCGGAGCCGGACAGACCCGGCGGUGUUCAUCGUCACCUACACCAACGAGCACAACCACCCUAUGCCCACCCACCGGAACUCCCUCGCCGGAAUCACCCGCCCCAAGCUUCCCACCACCCCCACAGGCAACCAGGAAUCGAGUCCUGUUCCCUCCACGGCCGCGCCUCUCUGCGACUCCAUCCUUCCCCAGCAAAACAAAUACUGCGAAGACGGAGCGGCGGAGGAGGUAGAGGUGGAAGACGACGACGAGGAGGCAGAACUGCUGGUGGACGACAUGGAGAUGAUGGGCGAAGACGAUCUGCAAUUUAUGAGCUCGGAGGAGGGAGCCGGCGGGUCGCCGACGGGGGAUAUAGCAGCGUUAUUCGACGGCGACGGUUGCUUCGACGCCCUCCUGUUCCCUCUAUCAUCGCUGCCAUCGAAGGCCGAGUCCAGCAACGCCACUGCAACUGCUGGUGAAUCUUCCUCUGGUUCAUAACAGAGAAAGAAAAGGAAAGAUCGUAGAGAAGAACACGCUUCUUGUUUGGGAAAAUUUAGUAAGAAAUCUAGUAAAUUACUUAAAAAUUCGUCGAUCUUAUCAAUGUUGAAUCAUCAUUUCGAGUUUAUGGAACUCACCGGUCAACAAGAUCGAUUAAGAAAUGUAAAGUUUCUAAGCUUGUGAACAAACUCUCAUGUCUUUGACCGCGAGCUCUUUGUCAACGUUUAUGCCAGUCAAGAUACUUAAUGAAGGGGCGGCGUUGUUUGCAGCAUACGUUAUCCUUCUUGACUU